AUGCAGCUGCUUUCUAUGGCCGCAACCACCUCAGGGCACUCAUUGGCGCCUGCAAUCCAGCAGCAGCAGCAACAGCAGCAGCAGCAGCAGCAGCAGCAGCAGCAGCAGCAACAGCAGCAGCAGCAGCAGCAGCAGCAGCAGCAACAGCAGCAGCAGCAGCAGCAACAGCAGCAGCAAAAGCAGCAGCAACAGCAGCACAUUUGA